AUGUACACGCAGUUCGCCAUGCUUACGCCGGCUCUUCUCAGCGGUGGCAUCGUGGGUCGCAUGAAGUUCGGCUCGUACUUGCUCUUCAUUUUCCUGUGGACUUCGCUGGUCUACGACCCGUUGGCCCACUGGAUGUGGUCGAUGAAACUUGACAGUUCGUGGGCUAUCACUUCGAUGGGAUGGGAGGGCAAAAUGGGGUCCCUCGACUUCGCUGGUGGCACUGUUAUCCACAUUUCCAGCGGAUUCGGAGCCCUCGCUGCCGCUCUUGUUGUCGGCAAGCGUUACAACCACGGCGAACCUGUGAAGCCCCACAACGUACCGCUGGUCAUGAUUGGCGCCACGUUGCUGUGGUUCGGCUGGUUCGGCUUCAACGCCGGUUCCUCCGGUGCUGCCGACGGAAUUGCUACUACUGCUGCGAUUAACACGCACCUUGCUGCUAGUGCUGGGUUCCUCACCUGGGUGGGUAUGGAGUUUGCCAUGUACAAGAAGUUUGAUCCUUGCGGUGCUGCUAGUGGUGCCGUAGCUGGCUUGGUUUCGAUCACCCCAGCCUGUGGUUACGUGUACCCCUGGGCUUCGGUUAUCUUCGGCGUGGUGGGUGCGAUCACAGGCUUUGGCGCCGUGCACAUGAAGAACCACCUGCGCUACGAUGACACGCUGGACUCGUUCGGUAUUCACGGCUGUGCUGGUGUCAUGGGUGGACUCAUGACCGGUCUGUUUGCGACGUCCGAGGUGAACCCCAACAUCGAAGGAGGCGCCUUCUACGGCCACGGAAUGCUGUUCGUGCACCAGUUGGUCUCGCAGUGUGUGGCUGCGGCCUACUCGUUCGUGGUUACUAUGAUCAUCCUGUAUGUGCUGAAACUCACGAUCGGCCUCCGUGUGGACGAGGACAAGGAGGUGAACGGCAUUGACGUGUCGUACCACGGCGGUCUAGCCUACGACUACAGCGCACAGGACCACAACGGCCCCACUGUCAAGGCUGCCAACCCACCAUCAACCGAUUUUGCUUCGAUGAUGACACCGAGUAUGACGCAGGAAAGCGUCCAGAAGGAGCCCAUUAUGAAUGUUUAAGCGAGUAGGUAAGCCCACCGAUUAAACUUUUGGAACGACAGCGAGAGGAAAGUGGUAGAUUGAUUCAAUUGCAUACGAAGUGACGUGCGGUAGGAUAAAAAGAAAUAAACGGUGGGCUUCAACG